AUGCGGGACAGGCCCGUGAUCGGACGGUUAUCAGAUGAUCUGCUCUCCCAGAUCCUCCACCUCGUCGGCGAAUCAGGCAGCUAUUUCCAGCACGCUCUCGUUUCUAAGGAAUGGCAUCGCAUCGCUUGUCGCGUACAGGACUACAUUCACUUGCAAGAGGACCGUCGCAUGAGUCCGCGACAACUGCUUUCCGAGCUCUCGUCGUUCCCUAGCCUCACGAGGCUCGUCCUUCCUUCCGGCAGCCUCAUCUCCGUGCCGGACUUCUUCCUCACCCGUCUCGCCGACACGUGUCCAGAUCUGCUUCAGCUUCACAUUGAAUCAACGGAUCAGACUCACAGAGGGAAGGGUUUCACCGAAGAGGGCCUUUCCGCGCUUCUCGAGGGUUGUGCUCGGCUGGAGGAGCUUCAUCUGGAUUGCCCUCUCCGUCUCACCGCCAUUCCGCCUUCCAUCGGUGGUCUCGCUUGGCUCAGGGAUCUGCAUCUCACUGCAAGCAGCGUUACUCACAUCCCGGACAAAUCGCUGCGCCUGGAGUCUUGCGGGCUUCUCACGUCACUCCCGGAAUCUCUUGGGCAACUUGCGAAUCUAGACCAUCUCUACAUCAGCGGCACCGCCAGGCUUCAGCUUCCGGCUUCCCUUUGCAAUCUCUCAUCUCUGGUGGUCCUCGAGAUUCACAAGUGCCAGGAUCUUUCACCGCUGCCCGAGAAUCUCGGUCAGCUGCAGGCGCUCGAGAUUUUACUUCUGGACGAGGUGAUGGGUCUCACUGAGCUUCCAGUGUCUCUCGGACAGCUGCAGCGGCUGCGGCUCUUGCAAUUGAUUGGCUGCUUCGGAAUUAUGUCGCUGCCCGGAUCGCUGUCUCGGGUGUCGUCCCUCACGGGUCUCAACCUGGUUGUUCCAACACUUUCAACGCUGCCCGAUGACAUCGGGCAGCUAUCGAAUCUUCAAAGCCUCAUGCUGGAUGCUCAUAGCCUUACAAGCCUUCCUGAUUCAAUCUCUCUGGCCUCUGCUCUCCGAGAACUUGCCAUUGACGGUCUCCGAAAUGUCACGUCCCUGCCCGAAGAAUUCGGGCAGCUGACGGCACUUGAGUCCCUCCGCCUUGCCAACCUCCCACAGCUCACCCAUCUGCCCGAAUGUCUCGGGAACUUGACAAACCUUGAUGAGCUGAAAGUGGUGAAGUGCGCACGGUUGCAUCAGCUGCCAGAUUCUCUAUCCCGGCUAUCUUCCCUUGAAAAGCUGGAUCUGAGUGAAAACCGGAGGCUCACGGCUCUACCAGACGGGUUGGGAAACGGUCUACAGAAAUUACAAGAGCUCAUUCUAAUGCCUUGCAAGGCCCUCACUCACCUCCCUCCAUCCUUCUCCUGUCUCUCAUCGCUCGAAACCCUGGAGAUCCUGCAAGCUGACAGCUUUAGAGGGCCCCUGCCGGAGGGCUUUGGCUGCUUGAAAAGCCUCAAGAAGCUCUGGCUCUGCUCCUUGCCGCACCUAUCAGCCUUCCCUUCGCCUCUCCCCGGCCUCUCCCGCACACUCACCAGCUUAAUAGUGACCAACUGUUUGGAAAUAAAGAAGCUGCCUGAGGAGAUCGGACGGUUGGAAGCACUUGAGGAGCUCACAAUCUCGAAGUUAUACGGUGUGGAUUCGUUCCCGAAGACGCUGUUUCAGCUGCCCGCAUUGCGGGUGCUAGAGGUGAUGGCGUGCACGGGUCUCGUGGCUCUUUUCGGGGAUGAAACGCUGGGAGAAGCUGCGCAGGAGCAGGGACGGGGUGUCACCAUUGGUAGCAGCUCACAUGGGAGUGGCAGUUGCCAACGAAACAGCAGCAGCAGCAGUCCGAGCAGGAGUGAUGAUCAUCCGCUGCUUCCAUCCCUGCAAAAUCUUAAACUCGAGGUUCUUCCCUUUAAAGCCCUUGGCCCGUCCCUGUGCCGUCUCUCAUCCCUGACAAGCCUAGAGCUAUCAGACAUGCAGGCGCUGCUCACUCUCCCGGAAUCCAUUUCUGGCCUGUCGAAUCUGCAAGAGCUUAUGAUUGCUCGUGCUAGCAGUCUGGAGUCUUUGCCCGACUCAAUAGGAAGCCUUUCCAAGCUUGUUUUCCUGCAGCUGGUUGGGCUUGAAAACUUAUGUGAGCUGCCCGAGUCUUUCGGGCAGCUGAACAUGCUCCAGUCUCUGCAAAUCAAGGAUUGCGCAAAGCUGGCCCGGCUUCCGAGAAGCUUCCCUAACCUGUCCAAGCUCACAAUCAUUUCUCUUACCAGCUGCCCGCUAAUCUCAUACAUCCCAGAUGAUUUCUGGCAGCUCUGCUCCCUCCAGAACCUGGUUUUGAUCAACCUGCCAAACCUGGAGAGCCUGCCCGAGUCUUUCUCGCAGCUGCCCCGGCUGGAGGAAAUGAAGCUGUGGUACUGUGAGCGUCUGCGGCAGCUACCAUCGUCUCUUUUAAAAAUGCCGAAAUUGAUUCAGUGCAUGAUCCGCGAGUGCCCCCUGCUUUCGGACCGAAGGAUUCGGGUGAUUCACGGGAGGGGGGAUAUGGAAGAGGGAGAGGAGGGAGAGAGAGGGAUGGAGGGCGCGGAGGGGUUAGCGACAGUGGGGGAAGGAGAUCAAGAUGUCGGAGAGGACUCUGAAGAAGGCGAUGAGGAAGAGGAUGAAAGUGGUGAGGAGGAUGAGGAUGACGACAAUGAUGACAACGAUGAGGAUGAUGAUGAUGAGGAUGAGGAGGAUGAGGAGGGUGAUGAGGAUGACGAGGAGGAAGAGGAAGAUGAGGAGGAAGAAAUAAGUGGAGAUGGUGAGGAUGGAGACGGUGCUGCAUAA